CGGGAAAGCCAACCAACCAACGGCCACAGAUCUCGGCUACCGGAACGAAUCGACGGCCCAGAUUCGUCGCCUCACCUUCCCCGCCGUCCGCUUCGCAUCCCCUGCUUAAACCCUAAACCCCGCGUCCCCGCUUCCUCCUCGAUCUUAGGGUUUCGCGCGGCCGCGCCUCCGAUUCGUCGUCCCAACGAGGCAGCGAUGGAAUUCUGGGGUAUUGAAGUGAAGCCAGGAAAGGCUGUUUCAUUUAACGUUGAUGAUGAGUGUGUGAUUCACAUAUCACAGGUUGCACUGGGAGAAACAAAGAAGGCAGGAAGUGAGAAUGUAGUUGUAUCUGUUAAAGUUGAUGGCAAGAAGACAGUUAUUGGAAAUCUAUCGGCUAAAAAUCAUCCUCAAUUUAUGUGUGAUUUGUUUAUUGGCAAUGACUUUGAGCUUUCACACAGUUCAAAGACUACUAGUGUCUUCCUGUGUGGUUACAAGACUGACAUGCCUAACCCAUAUGAAUCCGAUUCUCGUGAAGAUGAGGAUGAAGAUGAAAACAUGUCUGACAUCUGUGACAUUAUGGGUAAACAUCUGGGAAGGCCUGUUGCAGAGGAAGGUAAAAAGGAUAAUUCUGAUGAUGGUAUGGACUUGUCCUCAUCUGAUGAUGAUGAUGAUUCUUUGGACUCGUCCUCAUCCGAUGAUGAUGAUGAUGAGUCAGGUGAUGAGGAUGAUGGAUCUGAUGAGUUACCAGCAGAAAUGGAGUCCAGUGAAGAAGAGGAUGGGAGUGAUGGGCAGGAUGAAUCAUCUUCAUCGAUGGUGUCCACUGAUGAAGAGGAUGAAAGUGAUGAGGAAGAUGAAAUUCCAGAGAAACCUGAGAGCAGCAAGCUGACAGCUGCUGGAUCUACACUUUCUUCUGGUAAGAAGUCAAAGACUGCAACACACUUUGGCCAGAAAACAGGUGAUAAGAAUACUCAUCCAGCAAAGGAAGAUGGCAAGACGCCGGCAAUCAGCAAACCAAAUAAGGAGACUCCCGAAUCCUCCGGCACCCAUGCCUGCAAGUAUUGCAGCAAGGCAUUUAGUAGUGAUAAAUCACUCCGGUCUCAUCAGAAGGCAAGACAUCCAGCCAAGUGAACUACUGGUGGCAUGUUUGACUGCAGCUGCUUUUGCUUCAAAGAUGAUCCUCUAAUAGGCAGUUUUGGCCCUACAACCUGGGGCAUACCCAAUUUUGCUUGCUAAAUGUUUCUUUUAUUUUAUUUUUUGGCGAAAACGUUGCUUAAAAAUCCAGAAACAUCCAAGUUGGAUGAGGUUACAAGCUAGGUAGUACUAUUAAUUACAAAACAAUGUUAUUUGUGCUGUGAUGGUCUGUGUGACUAUUAAUUACAAAACGAUGUUAUUUGUGCUGUGAUGGCCUGUGACAAUGCGGAGACUAGUCUGCUUUCUUGGUUACGAGGUUUUA